UGUGACGGUCUGUUUUGCAGUCGAGUCACAGCGAGUCGGAGACACCUGAUUGGCUGGACAGCAGGGCGGAAGUGCGUCUUGGUGUCCCAGCUGUGCAGAAAACAAAACAAGACAAGCUGCGACUGCACCAUGAUGAAUGAGCUGGUGCAGGACCUGGUGUCUGCUCUGGAGCAGACCUCAGAGCAAAAGAAGCUGGGGGAGCUGUGGGAGGAAAUGGUCCUGAGUCCACUGCACCAGCGCCGGCAGAUCCGCCGUCGCAGAGUCCGCAAGCGCUAUCGCGAAUCUUCCUUCUAUCCGCUGGAGCACAGGCGAUGCUGGAUUGAGGCCUCUGAGUCCAGUUUGGACGAGACUAAAGGAUACAGGGAGAACUCUUCCUCUACCAUCACCGCCUCGGUGGCCAACUGCAGUGACUCUGACGACAUGACUUCAACCAACCGAUGGCGCUCCGUCAUGAGAGGCCCGGUCAGGACUAGGCAGCCCUCCUGGCCAGAGUCCGACUCCUUCACAGAGAACAACACAGGACGCCAUCUCAGGAGGCGGAGGAAGGUCAAACGCAUGACCUCAGACAUCACAGUUAGGUUGCAGCAGAAGUUAAAGGUUUCUGGUGUGGAUGGGAAACGGAGACACAGGCCGUCUAGGAUGCAGCAUCUGGCAGGAUCCAAGAAGAGGUCUGGCGGUUGCGUGGGAGCAGACCGACAGACAGAAGGAGCCAGGCUGAUGGGAAAGGAGUGCUGGAAGAGAAAGAUGGCCAAGGAGCACAGAGAUGCCGCUGAUGAGAACAUGUCUGAGGGGGAAACCAGCAGCACAUGCAGCAGUGACCCUGGUCUGUUCACCAAUGAUGAGGGAAGACAAGGGGAUGACGAGCAGAGUGACUGGUUCUUCGAGGGGGACUGUGGAGUCGGGAAGGGCGUGGCCAGCCUGCUGCCCAGCUGGGAGUCAGACAACCAGCUUUCCCUCGACGAUAACCGGCCCCCGCCUACUUUCCUGCAACCAGCACGGCCCUCUCAGAGAGGGUAUCGGUAUCAUUCACCCCUUAAGCCAGUGCCUGGCUCUGCUGCCUGCUGCAUUAGGAAGGAAAGGAGGCGGCUUCCCAGCAAGGGCAACGGCAUGCCAGUGUUUGUAGAGAGACUGAGAAACUUCUCCCAAGAUCCUUACCAGAGAGACUUCUGGCUGCCUUCUGUUGGAAAAAGAGACCGAAGCCAGUUGAGCCCUUUGUGCCCAUUACCAGUGUGUCCUAUUGACAUGGUGUCAGAGAGCUCCCAUCUCAGAUGUUCCACCUCAAUCUGCAGAAACAGGCAGACUAAUGUCUCCUGUGCAUAUCAGUCCCGGAGUGACACCCGGAGGAGGAGGACAACGGAAGCUGUGUCCGUCACAACAUCAGCUAGCAACCCAUUUCAUAAGGAUCCCCGGAAAGAAGAGGCACAGGGAGCCAGUAACAGCUCAACCCUAGAGGCUGUGGGACCAAGUGCUCCAGGUUCACAGAGUUUAUCUCUUCUCCAGAGGGGCCAUGAGGAACCUGAAUAAGGCCGGACGAGCCCACUAAAGUGACAAAGGAAAAGCUAUUGCUCCAGAGAAUUUAAAGGGCCAAAAUGCCUCUUGCUGCACAAACUUUAUGACAAAAAACCCCACAAAGCACAUAAUUACUCCUCAAAUCAGCAUGUUACUGCUAGAUCCCAUCUUUCCAGCAGUAAAAUAGGCAUGACAAAUGUUAAUGCAAUCAAGCCUUGUUAAACCCUCUGCCAAGAGGCUCCUUGUUUGACUCAAGACUGGACGGCUCCUCCUGUUUCCACACACAGUCUCCAGGCCACCUGCUACCACACAAUCCAACAAUUAUGUCCAUUCUAGUAGCACAGCGUUUGUCAGCGGGAACACUGGGAGGAUCGUGAGGCUGGAUAGCUUUACUUUACGGCUGUGCAGGCAGCACGAGCGCGCGGAGACAGGAGAGCAUCAGAAUGUGUAGCCACCACAUGCUGCUCCAGGGUUCAGAAAGCCGACCACCGGUAGGGAGCCACACAAAGUACAGGCCUCCUAUUAGCAUGGAUUUGAAAAGCUACAGUUUGUACAAAGGUGCUCAUUAGCACAACACAGAGGGAGUGUAGUCGCGGUCCUUGGAGGGCUGCCUCUGUUCCCUUCAGCCUACCUUCCAUAUUCAAAUUUCCCCAAAUGCAUUUAAGUUCAAGGCCAGCUGCAAAUGUGUUUGAACAGCCUGUUUUUCAGCAGUGGUGGAUUAGUUGCUGCUGGGGCUGUGCAGAGAGCCGGCAGAAAAGGGUUGGAGGAGCUGUUGGAGACGGGACAGGAGAGUCAUACGAUGUAUUUUCACCUACCCUUGGGGUAUGCAAUUCCCCGCCUCCCUUCAAUCAGAUGCAUUAAAAGAUCGAUGGCAGCAUACAGUGAGAUCAAACACUUCUCACCAAGCUGGUAAACAAACAGUGCGUUCAGAAAAAUUCAUUUUUAAGUAUAUUCUGCUUGUCUGUUUUGUUUUUUUAAAUACAAAGGCAUACGUAUUUGACAGACACAUUUACGACAUAUUUUUUAAAAACCUUAUCUGAAAUCUUCCCUGCAACAAAAGGCAUAGGUAUGCCACUACUUUAAUAAUAAUGACAACAUAGUGAAAUGAACUGCAUUAUCACCAGCUACAUUCUGCAUGUCAUUUUCAGAAACUUUGAAGCCUUAUUGAAGAGAAGAAUCACAUUUAGUAGAAUGAGAUUUGCCAAUUAACGUGAGUUAUACGUCUGCAUUAAUCCAUCUGAGAAGGCUUUAUGUGAUCAUGUUGGCCAGGGAUGACAUUUAUAAAUGCUGUGUGUGCACACUCAUCUAAAUGGAUGCCUCACAAACGACACCCUGCCACAGGAAUCAGUCAAAAUGAGCCAGCCGCCCCCAGCACGCACACACACACACACACACACACACACACACACACACACACACACACACACGUGGCUAGCAUCGCUGGGGCCGCUGCUGCAGCUUGACCAAGGAGUCCAGCAGCACCAUGGGUUCUUCCCACACAAGGAACACAUGGUGGUCCAGACUGAAUAAGUUCAUUUAAAAAAAAAAAAGAAAAAAGAAAGCUUUUGAUAAAUACAUUGGUGUCUUCUUCAAGACAUAUGCCCCAGGACACGUUGACAAGUAUUGACUGUGUGGUGUUUUAAGGAGAGCUUCUCGCUGUUGCCUUGUCCGUCAGUGUGUGUUUUGGUGCCAAGGCAUUGACAGCUAAGGAAAACGUAUCGGUUCAGCUACAGUUCCAUUAGUAGCAGGAGGGGAAACACCUCUCCUGCCUCUCUGGUAAUUAGCAGUCACCAUAAUGACAUCUCAGCCAGACUGUAUGCCCCAAAAUGUAUUUCCAAAGGCCAGGAAGUGGGGGAAUGGCUUCCGUGCAGCCAGUCAAUUGCCCUGUUACAGUUAAGGAAUCCAGCAGGCUGGUACCACUCAUAUUUCAUCCCAGGUAAAGAUUACCUGUCAGGCCCAUGGGAGAUGUAUUGAUCUGUUUUCCUUUUUCCGCCAGCAAUCACCUGACAAAGGCACCUAGGAGGCGAGUGAAUGAGUGAUGCCGGGUCGGUCUGCUUCAGCGUGGUGGCUUCUAGUGUCCACUGAUGGGUGGAGAGGUGAUGAGGAAGAGGAGAGAUAAUGCAGUCAUAAACUCUGUUUGAACUUCCUCUGUAUGCAUGCAGGGCAGCCCCUUGGCCCCCUGGGUCACAGGUCAGUGGGGGAAUUUGCUUUCUUUUUGGGCUCCUUUCUUGUCAGUGGCGUUUGUACUUGCUGGGUAGUGUGUAGUGAUGAUAAAAAAAAACAUGCACAAGAGGCUCUCUGGUUCCUGCUGACAAAUGCAUGUUGCGAGUUCAACUCACUUUGGGGUUUGAUCUGGGCACCCUUCUCACAAAGAAAUCCUACCUGCAUUAGCAAAGAUCCAUUUAUUGAACAUUAUCUCGUGUUUUCUUGGCAGCUAAAAGUGUUUAUGUAUUUGCCUUGUUCAAUGGAAUGUCAGACCUGAUAUUAUCCAUAAAUCUGUGUAUUGUAAGUGAUUGCACUGUGUAAAAUGUGUAUUAUUUAUGAUGUGAUGCAUAAAUAUAGGACCAUUAAUUGAGGAUUUAGGUUUGAGGACAUUAAAUUCAUUAAAUCAAUUUCAUGAUAGAUAGUACAGUAGAUAUGUCUCUAUAAUUUUUUACUGUCGUGUUUUUUUAAUUUCAUUUACAAGGAUUUAAAAAUAUCUCCCUGAUAUCAGGGUUCUUAGGCAGCUAUCCAUAUUUGAUAUGUAGUACAAAUAGCAUCUUAUCUCAUAGGCUGUUAUCUUUAUAGUUAAUAGCAGUGGAGGCAUGCGUAAUUGCUUUGCAAAUGAUCUAAAGAGGAUUACUCCUCCCUUAGAAUUCCUGCACCGUGUCACUCGAUGUGAAAGCGACAUUACAAUGGCAACAUUCAAUCAAACCUGCAGUGCAGUGUUUUUGCAGUAGGUUUUCUAUGGUGUUAUGUCAAAAUAAGUGUCAGUAUGAAGUGUAUACUCUACUUUUGAAUAAACUGUGUAUGAACAUUAUUAUGGAUUAGAAGCUGUUUUAAGAAGUUGUAUUUCUACUUAUGUUAUUUAUGUAUUCAAAAUGAUAUAAAUGGGAUUUAAAAUGAAAGAUGAUGUAAUGUAAUCGUCAUGUAAUCUGUGAUGAAAAAGUAUAACUUUUUUUUCAAGUACUGAACUAUACUGUAUGUGCAAUAAAUGA